CGACUAUCGCUCCAGCUGAUAAGAGAGGCGUUUAAAAGGGCUGUGAAGGCUCCUGCUGCACAGAGUGGCCAGCGCAGGAGCGGGACAGGCUGCUCAGAAUAACGCCAGCGCACGCAAAUCAUCUGUCACACCAUGGCAUGCGUAGUGUCUCUCGCCAUGUCCGUUAUCUACUUCGUGUUUGCUCUCGAAACGGCGUGCCUGCCGCUACCGGACGAAGGACCGUAUCUGACGAACGGCUGGGGCCAGGUGGUCCGCUUCAGGCAUCUGUACGCUGCGGGGCAUGGCCUGCACCUGGUGAUCAGCGGGGAUGGCAAGGUGCACGGCUCAGCUGAGCAGACCCUCUACAGUCUGCUGGAGAUCCGGCCAGUAGAUCCAGGCUGCGUCGUCAUCAGAGGUGUCGCAGCUUCACAGUUCCUCUGCAUACAGCGCAGUGGGAGGCUGUACUCAUCGAACACCUACACCCGAGAGAACUGCACCUUCCGAGAGAAGAUCCUGGCUGAUGGUUACAACAUUUAUGUCUCUGAAAAAUACGGCACGCUGCUGAGCCUAGGACACCACAGGCAGAAGCUCCAAAACCGAGGCCGGGGACUCCCAGCGCUCUCGCAGUUCCUCCCCAGGACCAGUACCCUGGAUCUACAACUGGCAGACUCUCUACAGGUCAUGGAGUAUCCAGAGCAGAGCAUGAAGCAGACACGGGCGCGAGACUCUGUGGACUCUAUGGACUCUUUCGGAAGAGCUGCUCAGGUCAUCCACAGCCCCAGCUUCAACAAGAGAUGAGCCCAGCUGCGGUUCCCUCACAGGGAGACGAGGUGCUCAUGAUUAGAGACACAGUUUAUAGCCUGCUGCUCCGUGUUCUGCAGCAGCAGCAGGAUCAGACUUGCACUUUGGGAUUAAGAAACCAAAGGUUGUACUGCCAGCCUGACGAUGACCUGGGAAAUGUGCACAAAGUCAUCGUUGUCCAACCAAAUGUGGUUCAACAGAAUAAGAGCAGAGUGCCGAAGAGGGGACGGGGAACCCUGGCACACGGGAGCCUGCUACCAUUCCCCCGAGAAUGAAGGAAGCGCAAGACUUGUAAAGGAGCGUGUUGGCCACAAAUUCCAAACGUCUCCCAGCAGAUGAGGCAGAAGGACCAUGCUACACCACUCCCGACAUGCAGGCUGCAGGGGGAAACCCAACAUACGCUUAUAGUGUCAGUAUUUAUUUAGCUAUUUAAAUGCCUCUUCAACUUUUUUGUAACAUUCAACAUAUGGACUGAAACUGAACUUGAGGCUUGAGUGUCUUUUGGUGAGCUCAGCUAACGUUUCAAAGAUGUGAUUAAAAUGGGCAGUAGGAUCAUGUGUGCUGUAAUCACUGCAUCACGUCUUCAUCUUUUACUUAAAUGGCGGCUGUUGAAGUUGUCAAGAAAUGAGCUGUGUUGUUUUACCUGUUCUUCCAGUAACCUCCACACUGGAAUGAUGUCUGUGAGGCAGCAAUGACGAAAAACAUCAAGGCA